AAGAAGGGUAAACGCUGCGAUCCUGCUCUUGGUCCAACAGGCAUGGUAAAAUACGCGCCUUCCAUUUUCUUUGCCGAAUCAACGUCCUUUGCUUCGCGCCGUCCCUUCCGCGGGGCAGAUGACGCGCAAAUUUUGCAAUUAAAUGACCAAACGAAACGAAUUUUCGUUUACAUGCACGCGCGGCGGUCGCUGACUACUACUGAUAAAAAUAAACGACUUCUGGACGAUAUAAAAGCGAGACGCUGACCAGAGUACAAAAGGUGCCGCCCUUCGCCGAGUCAUUUGUCUCAGUUCGCGGGUUAGUCAAUCCUUCACUAAUAGCCAUGGCUGGUCGUAUUGGUGGUAGCUUGGCUUUGACUUUGCUUAUCGCGCUUUUCCCGGGCGCGUUUGCCAUUCGUUGGGUUGAGCGUGCCGCGUUCCAAGCAUCCUCAUUUGCUGGGGCAACGACUAGUGCCGUCUUUCCGGUACCGAACGCCACCAACGCAGCGUCUCAGUUCGAUUCGUUCUUCCCUGAGGCGUCGGCAGUUGGAUUCGCCGGGCCAACUCCCACUGGUGAUGAAGCGGAACUUGUCGCAACUGCAACCUCCGUACCAAAAGUCACAAAUGCUGACCCUCUUAUAAACCCGUCGACAUCUGAUAACAAGACCUCUUUUAAUGUGCUCCGAAGUUUUGGGAACCUGUCUCCAAUGUUCUCUGUUGACUCUCUUGGUCUUCGCAAUGCGAGCAUGCUUAUUCCGGAAGGAUGCGAGCUGACACAGGUGCAUUUGCUUCACCGGCAUGGUGCGAGAUAUCCAACUUCGGGAUCGCUUCCGGCAGCUUUCGCUACAAAAUUACACAAUGCAACUGUUUCCGGGACUGGUUUCACGGCUUCCGGUGACCUUGCUUUUCUUAACACAUGGCAAUAUAAGCUCGGUGCCGAAAUUUUGACACCCUUUGGCCGUCAACAGCUCUUCGACUUGGGAGUCUCGUUCCGAGUAAAAUACGGAGAACUUUUGAAGGAUUUUACGGGUCUUCCUGUUUUCAGGACGACAUCGGAAGAACGAAUGGUCCAGUCUGCUCUUAACUUCGCCGCUGGGUUCUUCGGGAUUCCAGACUACCUGACGAACUAUCGACAGCUCAUAACAAUUGAAAGCGAUGGGUUCAAUAAUUCUUUAGCGGUCAACAACUGUGAUAAUCAAGGGAAGCCAGGGAUUACCGAUCUCGGAACGACGAUGGCGAAUAAAUGGCGCGAUGUGUAUCUUCAGGACGCUCUUUCUCGGCUUGCACCACAGGUUCAAGGUUUGAACCUGACGACGAAUGAUAUGUUGAGUAUGCAGGAAGCUUGCGCUUAUGAGACGGUUGCUCUUGGAACGUCUGAAUUCUGUGAACUCUUCACCGAAGAUGAGUGGAAAGGCUUUAAUUAUUAUCUCGACCUUGAUUUCUGGUACGGAAACGGCCCUGGAAAUCCAACGACGGCAGCAUUUGGAAUUGGCUACGUACAAGAGCUAGUUGCACGACUUACCCAAACGCCGAUUGCUGUGUUUAAUACGUCGACGAAUGCCACAAUUGCAGAUAGCAACAUCACUUUCCCGCUUGACCAGCCGAUAUUCGUGGACGCGUCUCAUGAUACCGAUAUUUCUUCCAUCGUGGUCGCCAUGAAUUUUACUUCCAUGGCUGCGAAUGGACCGCUUCCGAUUGAUCAUAUCCCAGAUAAUCAGACUUACUUCUCAAAUCAAAUCGUACCUUUCGCGUCUCAACUCGUCGGACAGGUCCUGACGUGCCCCGCAUCUUCCUACUCUUCGACAAAACAAAUUCGCUGGCUCCUCAACGAUGCCGUCGUCCCGCUUACAGGUAUCACCGGCUGCCCCGAAGAUGCAACCGGAUUGUGUCCAUUGGAUGCGUUCAUAAGUGCGAUGCAAACACGACUUGCUGAGGUGGACUUUGCGUUCGACUGUUUUGGGAACUAUACGGUUCCUGUUCCGGAUACGAUUGUGGAUGGGCGCCCGCCCGCGAAUCAAAGACCACAAAGUUGAAGGAGGGCUGAGCUUUUAUCUCGAGGCGUUGUGUAGCUUGUGAAGAAGGAUGGGCGCAGCACUGCGGCAGUUGCGGCAUUA